AUGGUUUUGGAAUCCGACGAGCGAUUGAUCACAGUAAUAUUUCUUCCUCCAAAUUGCACAUCAGAAGGACAACCGAUGGAUCAAGGAGUGAUCAAUUCAAUUAAAAAGAGGUACAAAAAGAAGCUGUUGCUGAACGUAGUUUUGACAAACGAGAAUUUGUCAAUGGAUGAUCGACUAAAAAAAAUCACGCUGGCGGAAUGCAUUGAAUGGGUGGCCGAAGCUUGGGAUGAAGUAUCAGCAAGCACGAUUUAUAACUCUUGGAGGAAGUUAAAAAGAUCUGAUGGUCAGGUCGCAGAGCCAGCGGACGAUUCUCUAAACGAAUCGAUCACUCUCGGCACUCUUGCUAAAUCUAUUGGAAAGUUGGGUGGCUUGGAAUAUACGGAGGAUGAGGUCAGAUGCUGGGAAAACGAUUGUGUGCGAGAUGUAUCUGGCAAUUGGGUAACUGGGGAUGGCGAAAUUUAUACAGAUUACGAAAUAGUCGCUUAUGUUAAAGGAACUGAAAAUAAAGAAAAUGAGUGCAACGAUGAUGAAAAUAUACAAGAGGAAUGGUUGGAGGAACCGGAUACGACCACUGAUUUUCAGCGUGCAAUUAGUUCGAUGGAUUUUUUGAUUAAAUAUAUGGAUAGAGAGAAUAUGCUGCCAGAUGUCGGCAUGCUUCGAUUGAUGAAAAAUAACAUAAUGGAACGCGAAUGUAACCAGCAUUAUUGA